GCCGCCGCCCUGCGCACCGCCGUCGUGCGUGUGGCCGCCACGCUGCACCAGGCCGACACGCGCGCGAGGGACCGCGCCGCGCAGAGUAAAGAAAGUGGUGGUGCAGCGAAGAAGAGCGGCGGCGAGGCCGUGGCCGUGGCAGGCGUGGGGGAGGUGGACCGCGAGCAGAUCGCGGCGCAGAUGGCGGCCGCGCUCGUGGCGCAGGGCAAGACCGACGUGUCCGCGGAGGAGCUGGCGCAGCUCGUCGACGCCGUGGUCGGAAUGGCGGAAGCAAAGAAGCGGGAAGCCGAUUUGAAGAAGAAAGCCGCGAGUGUCGCGCCGGCUACCGCUCAGCGCACUACUGAAGCAUCGCGUGCCGCUUCUGCGUCGGCGCUGCAGUUGCUGCAGUCCGCUUACGACGACAAGAAGGUAGAUAAAGAAGAACCAAUGGACGCGAUGGAUGGUCUCUCCGACUCCGACCUGGAGACGUUGCUGAAGAACUUCAACGAAUUGUCAGCCGAGGAGCAGCACAGCCUCAUCGCAUAUCUGAAGAAGCUGGAGGCGCGUCACCCGACACGCGUGGAGAAGCUGAGGCAGUACGUGAGCGCGGCCGCGAUCUCCGCGACGGAAGAGUCGGUGCGGGCGCCCAACACCGUCACUGUCGAGAGCGAAGAUGAAGAUUACACGGUAGAAGAGGUGUUCCAAUCGGCAACGCGAAAAUUUAAAGAAGAAAAAAUACGCCAGGAAAUGGAAAUAGUCAAGAAAUCUCUGGAGGCGCCCGCACCCGCGCUCUCACCCGCACCCGCAGCCGUACCCGAACAAGCACUCGUCGAACCAGAAAAACAGUUUAAUAUUGCUGGCAACAUGUCGUCAGCUUCCGAUCUUCUGGCACUAGUUCAGGCAUCGUUGCAGUCCACAAAAAUGAAAUCUGCGUCCCGUACGUUGAAAACGGCCGACUCCUCGACAAACCAGCCCAUAUCAUUUGGAGACAAUAUUGAAAACAAUCCAGGAGAAUCAGGGAACAGUAUACCGAUUCAAAUAUCAGCUCCGGUCUGUGAUAACGAAUCUUGGCAGCAACAAUCUGAUAGCAGAUCCAACCAAAAUUUCGUACAUCCCAAUCCAGAACUGCAAUAUGGUCAAGAUAACUUAAAUAGAAGUCCCAUAGAACAACACAUAAGUUACCAACAUACAGAUCCAAUAGAAGGACAAAGUUAUAAUAAAGAUCAUUUUAACCCAGCACCCCGUGGAAGGUUUGAUAAUACCUACCAGGGAGCACAGAGAGGGAAUCUCAAUCCAGGCCCACAAAGAAAUUUUGACAAUGGUGGUCAGGAUGUGUAUGCAAAUCGGCAACCUGUCAGUAGCAGCCAACAAAACCACUUUGAAAAUCAGCAACAAUACAGUAAUAUUGAGCAUUAUGAUAACCAAGACUUCAGCAAUAAUCAACAGUUUGAUGAUCAACAAAGUUAUGAAAAUACCCAGCAGCCAUUUGAUGAUCAACAAAGUUAUGAAAAUACUCAGCAGCCAUUUGAUGAUCAACAAAACUAUGGAAAUGUCCAGCAACAGUCUGGUAAUAAACAAGGCUAUGGUAUGAAUCAUCAGCGCUUUGGAAAUCAACAAAAGUAUGGCAAUUACCAACAGUUUGACAACCAACAAAUGUAUGAUCACCAACAAGGCUAUGGAAAUAAUCAACAGCAAUAUGGUAAUAAUCAUCCACCUUACGGUAAUAAACAACAGCAUUUAGGGAAUAACAUGCAAAGUUUUGGAAACAAACAAAAUUUUGGAAUGAGAGGCAAUCAAACUUUUGGAAGACCUAAUAGAGGACGUGGUAUGCGGGGCGGACGACCCGGCCGGGGCAGAGGCUUCAAUAAUUAGUAACUGAGCUGAAUCAGAAGCAGAUUCUUAUGAGAUAGUGAAAUUACUUACAGAGAGGUCGACUUUUUAUUCUUAAUCGAAAUAGAUGUAAUAAAGGAUUGUAGCUACUUGUUUUCCUUAAUCUCACAGAUUUCUUUUUUUAUUGUAAAUUUGGAACUAAGACCACAUAUAUAUUGGCGGAUUAGUCCCCAGUAUUUUGAUACUAAGAGCCGGUCACAUUAGAACUUUCGGACUUUCCUGUUGCAAAAUUGAGACACCUUGUGAAUUUUACUAGAUAUGAAUUUUUAUUUUUAUAUUCGCAACUAUGAAAGUCUCAUCUCUAUAUUAUUAUUAGUGUUAAGUAUUUAGAGAAGUCAUGUGACACAGUUACAGUUAUUUUGAAUUUUAUAAAAUACACAUUUUUUAGUUACUGUCAAUUCUAUUUUAACUUGGUGUUAGAUGCCUUUACAUUUAUUUUAGCAACUGAAGUAUUGAAAUUGUUUUAAUUUUAUGAAGUGCAGUCAAUAUUUGCUAUGAUGAUGAUGUCUUUUGAUGAGUUUUUAGCAAAAAUAGAAGGUAAGGUAAUUUAGUGUGAAUUUUAAAUAAAGCAGUGUUUUUAAGAUACAAUA